UUGGAAUUGAACGACAGCUAGCGCGAUCUAUACUUGACUAUGCAAGACUCGUAUCGCCGCUAAACUUGGCGUUUUUAAUCUAUCCGGUAGCGACCGCCUACGUGUAAAGUUUAAAGAGUCAAUACAAUACUGGCCAAUACAGCAAGCCAAUAACAUCCAUAUGACCGCCGCUGCUGCUGUUUGCGGUGGCGCGAUGCGCGAUCCUCCACGAAUCAAAACAUAUCAGUAGUCUGCCGCCACUGCCGCGUCGUCAAACUUCAGGAUGGAAACCGCGAAGGUCGUCGUCGGCAACUUGGCUACCGUGUUUACCAUAAUCAACUAUGCAAGCGGAAUACAAAUAUGCAGGAACGUCUACGCCAAAGGAAACACAAUCGAUGUUUCCCCGUUACCGUUCCUAGCCGGAAUACUGACCACGUUCAUCUGGUUGCAGUACGGCGUCAAAAAGGAAGACACCAUAUUGAUGUGGGUCAACUCUAUCGGACUCCUGCUUCAGCUGAGUUUCCUGAUAUGUUUCCACCUGCACACAAAACUGAAAAGACCCCUACACCUCAAAAUGUUCACGCUGGCAGCCAUACUUGCCGCAAUCUUCUGCGAAGUGAACUAUGUCGUCAAAAAUAAGGACACGUCGCUCAACAUACUUGGCUUUAUUGGAUGUGCUGCCGCAUUGUUUUUCUUCUCGUCUCCCCUGGCAACUGUGGCUCAAGUUGUUCGGUCACGAAGUACUGAAAGCCUUCCAUUUCCUCUCAUCUUGUCGGCUUUCCUUGUGUCUAGUCUUUGGACGUUGUACGGCGUCCUCUGCGAUGAUGUUUUCAUUUAUGUCCCAAACUUUAUGGGAGCUCUGAUCCCAUCAUGCCAGCUGGCACUGUUCCUCAUCUAUCCAUCAGCAAGUCUCACAUUGAAGGAGGAGUUGCGUUAGAUAUAUAUUUUGUGCGGCUGCUCUACGUCAUUGAAAAUAUAUUUUGAGCAUGGGUACUAAAGGCU